UGAGUGUAUUUUAAAUGUACAACUAUUUGUUUUCUCACCAUCCUAUAAAAUGAUAGCUUGAGUCAAUGAAGUUUCCCCCGCAAGUCCUAUCAACCUUGCUUAUUUUAGUGAAAUUUAAUAUGGUCUAGAAAACACUGAGCCCUCUGGUUAUUCUCUGUAACCCACAAAGGAAACCGAACACUUGACAUAAACGUCUUCACCAGAGUAAAUAAGAAGAAUCCCCUCCAUGACAUGCAAAAGAAAAGAUAACUGGAGAGAUCGUCUCUGCUCUGAGGUUAUUAUCCUGUGGUCUUUGGUUUUGGAGAAUCUCAAGAGCACAGGAUUCUGUUUGGGGUUGCUAUGGACACACAGUUCUUAUUCCAGUACUGGCUUCUUCUCAAUACGAGAGAAAGUUGUACUGAAGACACAAGACCUGAGACUUAUGUCAUUUUAGCAGCUGAACCGACCCCAGCCUCUUGUGAGCGGCAGUGGUGCCGGAAGCAGUCUAGCCUACAGUAGAAUUAUGGAUUCAUUAACAGUGUCUACCAUAACAGCAUCUGACAACUAUGACCAUAAUGGUCCAUAUCUGAAUGACCUGGCGGGAGUCAUUAUUGAUCGACCCACCGAUGACAGUCCACCCACUAAUGAAUUGACAACAGCAAACCCAGAGGCACGUAUCAAUGAAAGUCCCUAUUCGAAUGACCUGGCGGGAGUCAUUAUUGAUCGACCCACCGAUGACAGUCCACCCACUAAUGAAUUGACAACAGCAAACCCAGAGGCACGUAUCAAUGAAAGUCCCCAUCCUGAUGACCUGGUGGAAGUCGUCAUCGAUACAGACACCAACGACAUGUGA